CUGGUGAUGGUGAGCCCAACUUCAGAGCAGUAUGACAGUUUGCUCCAGCAGAUGUCAGAGAGAAUUGAUGAGGGGUGUGGGGAGACCAUCUAUGUCAUUGGGCAAGGGUCAGAUGGGACUGAGUAUGGUCUGAGCGAGGCAGACAUGGAAGCAUCCUAUGCCACGUUGAAGAGCAUGGCAGAGCAGAUCGAGGCAGAUGUGAUCCUCCUGCGGGAGCACCAGGAGGCAGGGGGCAAGGUGCGCGACUACCUCGUUCGGAAACGUGUGGGUGACAACGACUUCCUGGAGGUCAGGGUAGCAGUGGUUGGCAAUGUGGAUGCAGGCAAGAGCACAUUGCUGGGUGUCUUGACUCAUGGUGAGCUAGACAACGGCCGAGGCUUCGCUCGGCAAAAGCUCUUCCGCCACAAGCACGAGAUCGAGUCUGGCCGCACCAGCAGUGUGGGCAAUGACAUCCUGGGCUUUGACAGUGAGGGCAACGUGGUGAACAAACCUGACAGCCACGGAGGCAGCUUGGAGUGGACAAAGAUCUGUGAGAAAUCCACCAAGGUCAUUACUUUCAUUGACCUGGCUGGUCAUGAGAAGUACCUGAAAACCACCGUCUUUGGCAUGACUGGCCACUUACCUGACUUCUGCAUGCUCAUGGUUGGCAGUAAUGCUGGGAUUGUUGGAAUGACCAAGGAGCACUUGGGCCUGGCACUUGCACUUAACGUUCCUGUCUUUGUUGUGGUGACCAAGAUUGACAUGUGCCCUGCCAACAUCCUGCAAGAAACCCUGAAGCUGUUACAGCGACUGCUGAAGUCCCCAGGGUGCAGGAAGAUUCCCGUGCUGGUUCAGAGCAAGGAUGAUGUCAUUGUAACAGCCUCCAACUUCAGCUCAGAGAGGAUGUGCCCAAUUUUCCAGAUUUCAAAUGUCACUGGGGAGAAUCUAGAUUUGCUGAAGAUGUUUCUAAAUCUCUUGUCUCCACGGACCAGUUACAGGGAAGAAGAGCCAGCAGAAUUCCAGAUAGAUGAUACUUACUCUGUCCCGGGUGUAGGAACCGUCGUCUCUGGGACGACACUGAGAGGUCUAAUCAAGCUAAAUGACACCCUGCUGCUGGGGCCAGACCCCCUUGGCAACUUCCUACCUAUUGCUGUCAAGUCCAUCCACCGCAAGAGAAUGCCUGUCAAGGAGGUGCGGGGAGGCCAGACAGCCUCCUUUGCUCUGAAAAAGGUGAGAGGAUCUGCUCCAGACCCCCAAGACAGGAGCCACUGUCCAAAUUUUCAAAUGCUCUGA